AGGCACAUAAUAAUACACGUAUAUAUCUAAUGUUAGCUUGUAGCUAGUCAGUACGUGAUAGUUUCAGACUUGUGUUAAUUAGUUAUAAAGUGUCUAACGGCUCUCUAUUGCAAGAGAGCGACAACUAGUCCGAUUACGCGAACAAUGUCAAUAUCACGUGUAUGGCUUUUGUACUGUGCUGUACUGGUUCAACUCGACAUGAUCAUACCUGCAUCUGGAAACAAGUGUGGCCCUGCAGAGUACAAAUCUAACACUGGUCAGUGCUGUCCAAUGUGUGGAAAAGGUUUAGUUGUCCGCAAGGACUGUACAUCGGAGUCCAGCACGUCCUGCAUACCCUGUACAGGACAGACCUACAUGAAUGCAGCUAACGGCUUGGACAAGUGCUUUCCCUGCAGUCCUUGUGAUCCAGGACAAGGUCUGUACAUUUUGAUGACGUGUACUACUACAAGUAACUCUAUUUGUCAUGUUCUAAAUGGAUAUUAUUGUACCAGCUCCUCAGCUGGCAACGAGUGCACCUUUGCGCUAAGACAUACACUUUGCUCACCUGGACAGAGAGUUAAAGUACCGGGAACAAAGACAACAGAUACCAUGUGUGAGGAGUGUCAGCAUGGUUCUUACUCACGACGUGGUGUGAACUGCACUGCUUGGACUGAUUGUAAAGCCAUUGGACAAUACAAGAUUGAAGAUGGAAGUCAAACAAGAGAUGUUGUUUGCGGAAAAUCUGCGGAAUCACUAAGGAAUAGAGUCAUUGUCUUAGUUCCAUCUUCAGUUUUCCUUUUUGUAGUCUUUAUUUUUGUCUUGUUUGUAACUAAAGGUAAAGAAACUAAAGAAAAUCAAGGUACAUCUCCUAAGCUUCCUGUAGAGGAAACGGGUUUUCACGAACAUAGUGGCGGUGGAAGAGCUUCACAGUGAAACUAUACCUCAACUGUGACAACUGGCCAAGGACGACAGAGCAAGGACUGACAAGGAAUAUUUUCCACAUUUUGUUACAUUACAGCCUCAUUUCUAAAAUGUAUUCAGUUGUUAGAGAUUUUUUGCAAAUUUAUCAAAUAAAAACUUGGAAAUGUUCACAA